AGUUAGCUUAGCCUUUGCCUUUGCCUUGACUUGAUCACUCACCUAAGCUUUCCUUCUAUAUCACUCUUUGCUUAACUUCACCCCACUGCCAAUUCACACUAUUUACUAUUUAGAAUAAAAUACUAAAUUAUAAAUCCCCUUUCCAAACCCAAAAAAGCUCGUAGUAAACGAAACAGCAGCAAAAAUGGUGCUCACAACCACGACCCCGGCGCCGGAGCAGUAUGUUGAAUCCAGUACCUUUGCUUCCAGAUAUGUCCGCCAACCUCUUCCCAGGUUCCAGAUGCCAAAAAAUUCAAUGCCCAAGGAAGCAGCCUAUCAAGUAAUAACUGAUGAACUGAUGCUUGAUGGAAAUCCCAGGUUGAACUUAGCAUCAUUUGUGACCACAUGGAUGGAACCCGAGUGUGAUAAACUCAUGAUGGCUUCAAUAAACAAGAACUACGUCGACAUGGACGAAUACCCUGUCACCACUGAGCUUCAGAAUCGAUGUGUAAACAUGAUAGCAAACUUAUUUAAUGCUCCUAUCGGGAGCGGUGAAGCCGCGGUUGGUGUCGGGACAGUUGGUUCCUCUGAGGCAAUAAUGCUGGCAGGAUUAGCCUUUAAAAGGAAGUGGCAACAAAAGAUGAAAUCACAGGGAAAACCGUAUGAUAAGCCUAACAUAGUCACCGGAGCGAAUGUGCAGGUUUGUUGGGAGAAGUUUGCAAGGUAUUUCGAGGUUGAAUUGAAGGAAGUGAAGUUGAAAGAGGGAUACUAUGUGAUGGACCCUGUGAAAGCGGUUGAAAUGGUCGACGAGAAUACCAUAUGUGUUGCAGCCAUUCUCGGAUCCACCCUAACCGGGGAGUUUGAGAAUGUGAAGCUCCUUAAUGAACUUCUCACCAAGAAGAAUACGGAAACCGGUUGGGAUACCCCAAUACAUGUGGAUGCUGCUAGUGGAGGGUUCAUUGCUCCCUUUGUUUACCCGCAACUCGAAUGGGAUUUCCGCCUGCCGUUAGUAAAAAGCAUCAAUGUCAGUGGGCACAAGUAUGGCCUUGUAUAUGCUGGUAUCGGUUGGGUCGUGUGGAGAAGCAAGGAGGAUUUGCCAGAUGAUCUCGUGUUUCACAUCAACUACCUUGGAUCUGAUCAGCCCACAUUCACCUUAAACUUCUCUAAAGGCUCUAGUCAAAUCUUAGCUCAAUAUUAUCAGCUUAUUCGGCUCGGUUUUGAGGGAUACAAGAGGAUCAUGGAAAACUGCAUUGGGAAUGCAUUAAUCCUGAAGGAAGGGAUAGAAAAAACGGGACGAUUCGAAGUCGUCUCCAAAGACGUGGGCGUUCCCCUCGUUGCUUUUGCUCUAAAAGACAGCACUAAAUACACGGUGUUUCAGAUAUCCGAUGCCUUGAGGAAGUUCGGGUGGAUUGUCCCUGCAUACACGAUGCCUGCAGAUGCCGAACACAUCGCAGUCCUGCGCGUGGUUGUUAGGGAAGACUUCAGUUGUAGCUUGGCCGAGAGGCUUAUCUCGCACAUUCAAGAGGUGUUAAAGGAACUCGACUCACUUCCGAGUCGAAUCGUGAAAGAUUCUCACGUUGUUGCCGUUGCAAAAGAAGUGGUAGAGGAGAACAAAGAUGGGGAGGCAGCUAAAAUGGGUGACAGAAAGAUUCAAGAAAAGGUUACUAAGCAAUGGAGGCAUUAUGUGAAAACUAAGAAGACGGGUGUGUGUUAAAAGGCUCCUACAAAAUCUAUGUUCUAUCAUAUAAUGUUUGUAGCUAUAUUUCCAAACUGCAGCAUAAUUGACCUAUUACUUGGUCAUAAUCUCGUUGUGUCAUGCAUCUGUAACAUAUGUCCAGUUUGACGAACAAUAUUGUGUUCAAUUUAAGCAUUAUGUGUAUGUUUUUAUUUA